AUGAACGAGAUAUCGGCAUUAGAAAUGCUCUUGCCAUUGUUGACGGAUAAGAAAAUUUUUUCGGCGUCCGGAAAAGCACAUUUGCCGGAUUUAUUUAAAUUUAAUCAAAACGUUAACGAAAGUUAUAUAUUAAAUCCGACGUGCGAAGAAAUCGUAUCGGAAUUGUUAGCAUCGUACACACAAAUGUCAUAUAAAAAUUUACCUUGUCGUUUCUAUCAGAUUUCCAGUAAAUUCCGGGAUGAAAAAAGGCCGAAAUACGGUUUGUUGAGAAGCAAAGAAUUCAUAAUGAAAGAUUUAUAUUGUUUCGAUUCGACGUUUGAAAGUAGUAUGAUGACGUAUGAAGAAGUUAAAAAUAAAUAUAAGGAAUUUUUCAAUAACCUGGGAAUACCUUAUGUUGUCGUCAAAGGUACAGAAGGUGAUAUAGGCGGUUUAAAAUCUGAUGAAUUUUAUUUCAUGGCAGAUGUAGGAGACAAUAAUUUAGUUUUAUGUCAAAAGUGCGGUCAUAAAGAAUGUAUUGAAUUUGUUAAACUGAAUGAUCAAGUUUGUUCGAAUUGUCAAAAUGGAGAUGUUAAAAUUUUCAAAGGUAUCGAGGUUGGUCACACAUUUCAAAUAGGGACAAAGUAUUCAAAAAUAUUUAACACAAAUUAUUUGAGUAAAGAUAAUGAAAAAAUACCAGUGGAAAUGUGUUGUUUCGGUCUUGGCCUCACGAGAAUUUUAGCAGCUUCAGUUGAAGUUUUAUCUAGUUUUAAUGAAAUCAGAUGGCCACAUUCGAUAGUUCCCUAUCAAGUGUGUCUCAUACCUCCAAAGAAAAAUAGCAUUGAAGAAAGGCAAGGAGGCGACAUUGUAAAUAUAUUAUUUAACGAAUUGUACAGAACUUUUGGUAAUGAUUUAGUCGUCGAUGAUAGAACUUCGAUGACGAUUGGAAAAAGAAUACAAUCGAUUAAAGAAUUAGGUUUACCAUUUGCCAUAAUCAUAGGAAAGGAUAUAAUUAAAAAUCCUCCUCUUGUCGAAGUUUACGACGUGUAUAAAAAUCACAGUACAUUUUUACAAAUAAACGAUUUGUGUCGAUUCAUACAGGAUAGAAUAAAGGAUUUUAAUAUUGAUGAAACAAUAUUAAGAAAAAAUGAAUGUAAUGGAUGA